GGCGCUCCACUGCAGCGAGGCGGUGAAAAAGUUUUUUUUGCUGGCAAAAGGGCCUUCGGCGCGCCGAGGGUUCUCCUACUGCAACUCUGCCGCAGUCAGCCUUUCUUUUUGGUUUCCCUCACAGUGCUCCGGGGCAUGAAAAGGCUUCGCCGUAGAGAGUAAAAGAAAGGAAUUUACCUGGGAGUACGAGAAGAGGGCGCGCACCCACUGUCCCCUGGAAGUUUGCCCCGGGUUCCAAGUGCGUGCGGGCUGCGGAGCGCAGGGCCGACCUAGAGGCCGCAGGACCGUGAUGGGCGCGCCGACACUCCGCGCGCCCGCCGCCGCAGCCCUGGGGUUGCUGCUGUGCGAGGUGCUGGGAUGUGCGGGUCCGGCCGAGGGCAGCGGCCGCGGGGUCCCCCGGGACCGCCUGUGCCCGGUUCCCUGUCGCUGCAUUGGGGAUCUGCUGGACUGCAGUCGCCAGCGGCUGGCGCGCCUUCCCGAGCCACUCCCGCCCUGGGUCGCUCGGCUGGACUUAAGUCACAACAGAUUGUCUGUCAUCAAGGCAAGUUCCAUGAGCCACCUUCAAAGCCUUCGCGAAGUGAAACUGAACAACAAUGAACUGGAGACCAUUCCAAAUCUAGGACCAGUCUCAGCAAAUAUCACACUUCUGUCCGUAGCUGGAAACAAGAUUGCUGAAAUUUUACCUGAACAGCUGAAACAUUUUCAAUCCCUGGAAACAUUGGACCUCAGCAGCAAUAAUAUUUCAGAUCUUAAAACUGUAUUUCCCCCUCUGCAACUCAAAUAUCUGUACAUCAACAGCAACCGGGUCACAUCGAUGGAACCUGGGUAUUUUGACAAUUUGGCCAACACACUCCUGGUAUUGAAGCUGAACAGGAACCGAAUCACCACUAUCCCACCCAAGAUGUUUAAACUGCCCCAACUGCAACACCUUGAACUGAACCGAAACAAGAUUAAAAACGUAGAUGGGCUCACGUUCCAAGGGCUUGGAGCUUUGAAGUCUCUGAAAAUGCAACGAAAUGGAGUAACAAAACUUAUGGAUGGAGCUUUUUGGGGGCUGAGCAACAUGGAAAUCUUGCAGCUGGACCAUAACAACCUCACAGAGAUUACCAAAGGCUGGCUUUAUGGCUUGCUGAUGCUGCAGGAACUUCACCUCAGCCAAAAUGCCAUCAGCAGGAUCAGUCCUGAUGCCUGGGAGUUCUGCCAAAAACUCAGUGAGCUGGACCUAACUUUCAAUCACUUAUCAAGGUUGGAUGAUUCAAGCUUCCUGGGCCUCAGCUUGCUAAAUACCCUGCACAUUGGGAACAACAAAGUCAGCUACAUUGCUGAUUGUGCCUUCCGGGGGCUUUCCAGUUUAAAGACUUUGGAUCUGAAGAACAAUGAAAUUUCCUGGACUAUUGAGGACAUGAAUGGUGCUUUCUCUGGGCUUGACAAACUGAGGCGGCUAAUCCUUCAGGGAAACCGGAUUCGAUCUAUUACCAAAAAAGCCUUCGCCGGUUUGGAUGCAUUAGAACACCUAGACCUGAGCGACAACGCCAUCAUGUCAUUACAAGGCAAUGCAUUUUCACAAAUGAAGAAACUUCAGCAAUUGCAUUUAAAUACAUCAAGCCUUUUGUGUGAUUGCCAACUGAAAUGGCUCCCACAGUGGGUGGCGGAAAACAACUUCCAGAGCUUUGUGAAUGCCAGUUGUGCCCAUCCUCAGCUGCUGAAGGGAAGGAGCAUUUUUGCUGUCAGCCCCGACGGCUUUGUGUGUGAUGAUUUCCCUAAACCCCAGAUCACGGUUCAGCCAGAAACACAAUCAGCAAUAAAAGGUUCCAAUUUGAGCUUCAUCUGCUCGGCUGCCAGCAGCAGUGAUUCCCCCAUGACUUUCGCUUGGAAGAAAGACAACGAGCUGCUGCACGAUGCCGAGAUGGAGAAUUACGCACACCUGCGGGCCCAGGGCGGCGAGGUGAUGGAGUACACCACCAUCCUGCGGCUGCGCAACGUGGAAUUCGCCAGCGAAGGGAAAUACCAGUGUGUCAUCUCCAACCACUUUGGUUCCUCCUACUCCGUCAAAGCCAAGCUGACAGUGAACAUGCUCCCUUCUUUCACCAAGACCCCCAUGGACCUCACCAUCCGCGCGGGGGCCAUGGCGCGCUUGGAGUGUGCUGCCCUGGGCCACCCGGCCCCGCAGAUAGCCUGGCAGAAGGACGGGGGCACCGACUUCCCUGCCGCGAGGGAGAGGCGUAUGCACGUGAUGCCUGAGGACGACGUGUUCUUUAUCGUGGAUGUGAAGAUAGAGGACAUCGGAGUGUACAGCUGCACCGCUCAAAAUAGUGCAGGAAGCAUUUCUGCAAACGCAACCCUGACUGUCCUGGAAACGCCAUCAUUCUUGCGGCCCCUGUUGGACCGAACCGUAACCAAGGGAGAAACGGCCGUUCUGCAGUGCAUCGCUGGAGGUAGCCCUCCUCCCAAGUUGAACUGGACCAAGGACGACAGCCCUUUGGUGGUCACUGAAAGGCACUUUUUCGCAGCAGGCAACCAGCUGCUGAUCAUUGUGGACUCAGAUGUCAGCGAUGCUGGGAAGUACACAUGUGAAAUGUCCAACACCCUGGGCACUGAGCGAGGCCACGUGCGCCUCAGCGUGAUCCCUACUCCGACCUGUGACUCCCCUCAGAUGACCGCCUCGUCAUUCGAUGAUGACGGGUGGGCCACCGUGGGCAUCGUGAUCAUAGCGGUGGUCUGCUGUGUGGUGGGCACGUCGCUGGUGUGGGUGGUCAUCAUAUACCACACGAGGCGGAGGAACGAAGAUUGCAGCAUUACCAACACAGAUGAGACCAACCUGCCAGCAGAUAUCCCCAGUUACCUGUCGUCUCAGGGAACCCUGGCCGACAGACAGGAUGGGUACGGGUCCUCAGAAAGCGGAAGCCACCACCAGUUCGUCACUUCUUCAGGGGGCGGAUUUUUCUUACCACAACAUGACGGUAAUGGGACAUGCCACGUCGACAACAGCAGCGAAGCUGAUGUGGAAGCCGCCACAGAUCCAUUCCUCUGUCCCUUUCUGGGGUCCCCAGGCCCUGUGUGUUUGAAGGGGAAUGUGUAUGGCCCAGAUCCUUUUGAAGCGUAUCAUACAGGUUGUGGUCCGGACCCUAGAACUGCUCUGAUGGACCCCUGUGAGGCCGGCUACACAAAGAAGAAGGAGUGCUACCCAUGUCUUCACCCUGCGGAAGAAUCCUGUGAACAGAGUGUCAGUGACAUAGGAUGGCCAUCGCACGCGAGGAAGUUAAUCAGUUCCACUUACUCUCAAAAUGAAGGACCUGGAAUGAAAAAUGUGUGUCUGAAGUCCUCUUUAGAUUUUGGGCCAAGUUCAGAGCCAGCAUUGGUUACUUUGAGUAACUCGUUCAUGGGAACGUUUGGAAAGCCUCUGAGGAGACCUCACCUGGAUGCCUUUUCGGGCUUUGGACAGCCAUCGGAUGGCCAGCCAAGAGCCUUUCACUUGAAAGCGCAUUCUUCCCCAGACUUGGACUCUGAGUCAGAAGAAGAUGGGAAAGAAAGGACAGAUUUUCAGCAAGAGAAUCACACAUGUACCUAUAAACAGACCUUAGAAAACCACAGGACUCCAAAUUUUCAGCCUUAUGACUUGGACACAUAGACUGAAGGUGGCCCAAGAGUUCCAACAUACUACUACCUCACGUG